AUGGCUGCGCAGGAGCUGGAGGCGGUGCUGAGCGGCCAGGGCUACCCCGUGCCCGCCGGCGGCGGCUGCGACUGGGGCCCGCCGGAGCCCCGCGAGCCGGCGCGCCUGCGGCGGAACACGUGCUACGUCGUGCUGGCCGUGCUGUUCAACGAGAAGAGCGAGGUGCUGAUGGUGCAGGAGGCCAAGCGCGAGUGCUACGGGGCGUGGUACCUGCCCGCCGGCCGGAUGGAGCCCGGGGAGACGAUCGUGCAGGCGAUGCGCCGGGAGGUGGCGGAGGAGACGGGCCUGCAGUGCCAGCCGCGCACCCUGCUGGCCGUGGAGGAGCGAGGCCCCGGCUGGAUCCGCUUCGUCUUCCUCGCCGAACCUACCGGUGGCGCCCUGAAGACCUUGCAGCACGCCGAUGCAGAGUCGCUGCAGGCCCGCUGGUGGGACCGCGAGAGCCCCUCGCUCAGCCUGCGCGCGGCCGACAUCCUGCCCCUGGUGGAGCUCGCCUCGCAGUACCGGGCCAGCCCACGGCACCCGCCUGGCCUGCCGGCCGAGCUGCCCUGCGCCUUCCUCUGCCAGCGGCUCCUGCUGGCCUGCGUCGGCGCCCGAGACACCCUGUGGGUGCUGCUGGGCACGGCGGGGGCGCCGCACCUGCCGCUGGCGGUGAGCAGCGUGGCGCCCUCCGGCCUGCGCCGCUCGCUGCUGCUGGCCGUGCUCGAGCUGGCGCGGAGGUGCCUGCCCCCGGCCCAGGCCACCAUCCACGUCCGGGGCCUGCUGGGCCUGCAGCACCUGGGCAAGGAGCCGGGCCAGAGCGACGGCGUCUGCCUCAACGUGGUGGCCACUGUGGGGGAGCCCAGCCAGCGGCCCUGGGAAGCGCCGCCUGCGCUGCAGAGCACGGCCUUCACCUGGUGGAAGGUGGAGGACGGGGCCCUGCGCAGCAAGGCCCUCUGCAGGCUCAGUGCCGCCUCCUUCAUCCCCAUCCAGAGUUAGUCAGGCCCCGAGCCCGCCUGCCGUGCCCGAGGCGGCCCACAGCGGUGCCACCGCUCGGCAGACCUGGCCGCUCAGUUGGCAUGGGUGCUUGCAAGAGACACCGUGCAGGAGCGGAGCACCCGGCCGGGCCAACACGCGACCUGUGCCUGCUAGUGGGCCCUGCAAGCGGGAGCCUCCAGCCGGGACCCCCUCCCAGCCCGUGUUGCUGCCAUCCUGUGAAAAGCAGCGGUGCUGCUUUCUGCCUCCUCAGCACCUGGAACCCGCCAGACUCGGCUGUUAAUACUCUCUCAUGAGCAGCAGCAGCUCCGAGUACUGCUGCAGCUUCCAGCUCACUGGAGCUUGCAAACGCCGUGGGUGUGCACUCCCCUUCUCGUCAGUGCCGCAAGGUCUCUGCCCCAACCCUCUGGGUGUGGGGUCCUCCUCCCAGUUGCAACAGCACAGCCAGCCUCAGCCCCUUUUCAGCCCCUCCCUGGGAUUUCCAGUCAUGCUGCUGAUGCCGGGUAGGCCCAUUUCUUUUGUGGUUUUGCUGUUCCUCUUUGGAGUGUGGCUGAGGGGGCAGGCAGCCAGCCGCACCCCGUGCCCCAGGGUUGCCACUGGCCCCACACAGCAGUGCGCGGCAGCUUGACACACAUUCCACAACCUGUUUAUUUCAGGCACAAGUACAAAUCAAUGGGCUGGUGCAUCCUGCCCUACGGAAGUAAAGCACCUGAAUACCAAAUACCGAUACCAAAAAAUGUACCGGUUGGUUAAAGGUUGAUGUCCCUGCUCUAGUGCACCAAAUUUUACACACGUAUAGACAUAAUUCCCAUUAAGAAGUGGCUGUGUAUGAUCUUGAAGUCACCCUCAUUUUCUCAGCACAGACAACUUGUGUGACCACUACAAGUUACUCAUAAACUUAAGGGGAAGUUGACUUGCUAAACUGUCUUGCACAAUAAAAUCAAACCUAAGAUAUUC